GCGGCGGCGGCGACGGCGCCAACGGCGGCCCACUUCGGUUCUCCUGCUAGGCGACUCGCGCAUGCGCUUCCUCUACCAAAGUCUCGGAGAGGGCUGCAACGUCUCGACGCCGGUGCCCGAGCGCCCCGGAGAGCGGGGGAACACGACGGGGAUGGACGAGCGCACGCGGCCGGAGCGCUGGUGUGCCCGCGACCCGCGCUGGUGUCCGCUCAGGGCCGCAUCGCCGCUCCUCGCGCUGCGGUUCACGUGGCAGCCGUUCCUCAGCGCCCACGCCGUGCGGACGGUCACGGACACGGCGGUGACGUGCGAGCGCGAGCCAGCCCGCUGUCCGCACCUGGUGUUCCUGGACGCCGGCCUCUGGUACUCGUACGCCAUACGGCCCGACCUCGGCGGGCCGGAGUCACAGAGGGCGCUGCUGUUCCGGCAGCAGCUGGAGGACGCUGCGGAUGCGAUCCGCCGGCUCGCCCGGUGCACGCGGGUCGUGUGGCGACUCGACGAACGCGUCUUGUUCGAUUUGUUCGAAAAGGAUCGUCAGGGGAUACCGCUGCUGCUCGCGCUGCACGCGCUCGUGUACGAGCUCAAGUCUCAGGUACCGUCCCUGACGGUCUGGUCGUCCGGCCUUCCCGUCAGCACGGUGUUCGCGCGCCGGCUGUGCUUCCCCAUCCGGGACGCCCCUUGGCCGUGGAGCCCCGAGCACGCCCAGCGCUUCCACGCCGAGUGCGGCGACGCCAUCCACGGCAGCGCCAAGAUGCGCCGCCGCUACCUGGACACAGUGCUGGCCGACCUGUGCACGGACGACCAGGUGGCAGCACCGGACGAUCGGCCGCUGGCAAAGAUGGCGCUAGGGGACGACGGCGGCGCCGCGCCGUCGUCAAGGCCAUCUGCACCGAUGUGCUGCGGUGCGUUUCGCUCCGAUGAUGCUGAGUUGACUUGAUUACAGAGUUGUAAAUAAUAUAUGAAUAAAUAAUAACUGAAGCUUGGAA